AUGUACCGUAGGAAGUCUUACGCUUGGUCGGAAAGCAACGCUCAGACUCGACACAUGCCUUUCGCAGCUGUCAGUCCACUGCAAUUACCUUUCCCCGGAUCCCCUUACCUGCGCUGCCGGACAAGUCACAGUUGGACUGCUUAUCUCGACUUCAUGCUUUCUCUUAUCCACAAAUCAGAACAUCAGACAAUUGACAGGAAUUGUCCCGACUCGAUCUCAUCCCAAUGUCUCUCUGACAUGCUUCUACGCUCCCUCAUUACACGUCGUCUCACCGCUCAACUUGACCUCACCUCAACACCACUCAUCCAAGACACCUCGCAACCUGCAUCACAGAUCGUGGCCUCUCUCCUGACGACCGAACACCCCUGCCGUAUGGAGCCUUGCCCUCCUCUUGUCCCACUACAGCCUCGCUGCUGGUCCCAACUGCCGCCCGUUGGGCCAACUCAUCUCACCCACACCAUCCUCAGCCUGCAUCCACACACACACAUUCACUCACACACCUCUGCUGUCAUGUCCACCGCUCCAAUCUUCCGCCGACCUUGA